GUCUCUGGUCCCGCUGGCGGUCUGUCGUAAUCUGUUCGGCUUCGUUCGUUGAUAUCGUCGCAGUGCUCGUGUUAUCCAUCUGACAGCCUCCUCCACGCCCGAUCAACAGUCCACCAUCUAGCCUUCCCCGUCCGGGACCUUUCCUCAACCACCUUUCCAUUUCCUGUCUAUUCUGUAUCAGCCUCCAUUUCCUUUACUGGGUUUUAUCAACACUCGAGAUCGGACUAUUACAUCUUAUCUCCCCCCUGCCUUCCGUCAUUCGAGGCCUCGACCAUCCGUUCAUUAUCAUUUGGGAUUCUCCUUGCACGUUUAGAACUAUAUAUAAAACUCGAACGAUGUCGCAUUCGCAUUCACAUUCGCACUCGCGCUCACCUCAUUCUCAACUUUCCCGGCCAAGGACUAUUACUCGGACUUCUUCUCGUGCCACUUCGAAUAUCAACGCUCCUGUCGUCGUAUCGCCCACUCGUCUUAUAUCACUAGUUACGCAAAUUGUUGGUGUAUUGGGUAUCGCGAUGAGCGUAGCAGCACACAUCAUCACCAUGUUUACCUCGCACGUCUCCUCUCCUCACGUCUUCGACUCUCCCUCAUCAUCGAGAGCAUCGACACCUUCUUCGACCCCUUCGUCAUCGAGAUCUUCAUCAAGAGCGUCCUCUCCCACACCACCCAUCACUACCUGUUCCGAGUCGUCGUCGUCCUCAUCGACAUCUGUCGUGCCUCAAUCCUUAUCCUCAUCGUCGUCUCCUCCCCCCACGCGAAUUAAACGCGAACGAAGACAUACACGCUCAUAUAAACGUACCUUAUCCUCAUCGGCACCUCUCUCUAUCGCCGUCUCCUCUACACCAACUACUAGCCUCAACAACACCUCCUCUAACUACACCUCCACCUCCACCUCCACCUCCAACGAAAAGCCUCUGAUGGCGCUUCAACCACCAUCCUCGUCGAAGAGACACACCACCAGAAGACACUCGAGGUCUUCUUCUUCGAAGAGGCUGAGAUUGGGGAGGGGACGAUCGACGCAUAGGGAGUUUAGGAUCGCGGUGUGUCCGGGGUUGGAGGUCAUUCUUGAGUUGGAUGAAUUGGAUGAUUUUGAGGGGUUUGAGGAGGUGGGGCUAUGCGAUGAGUUUGAGGGGGAGGAGGAUGGGAGCGAGGAUUCAGGAUGA